AUACAUAUAAAGCAGAAACAGCAACUAGAAAUAUUAUUUAAAACAAAGCAUAUUGGUUAGGAUUGAACACUGUGUUACGCUAAGAAAAUUAAUCAACAUGAUGGCGAAGAUCCUUUUUUUAGCAUUGAUCACAUUGAUACUAGCAGUCACAAAUAAUCGAGCAUGUCCAACAAAAAUAUGCUCAAGUUCAAAUACCGUUACCAAGAGCGUCAGUGUUGUAAAGACGUCAAGCGGUGAAGAUAUAUUCGAUAUCUUCAGCAAAUAUAACAAAGAUCAAUUAUGCGCUUUCUACAAAAAGAAGAAUUUAUCUAGUAUUGAGAAUUUGUAUUUGGAUUAUAUCAAGAAUACUUCAGAUUCAACCAAAUUGACAGCGUACAAAGAUGCUUUGUAUAAACAUUAUUCAAAGGAAAGCUCUAUUGACACUGUUAUUACUGAACUAAAAGAAAUCGUUAGUUCCGUAACAUCUUCGAGCUCUAGUUCAAGUUCCAGUACCGUUACCAAGAGCGUCAGUGUUGUAAAGACGUCAAGCGGUGAAGAUAUAUUCGAUAUCUUCAGCAAAUAUAACAAAGAUCAAUUAUGCGCUUUCUACAAAAAGAAGAAUUUAUCUAGUAUUGAGAAUUUGUAUUUGGAUUAUAUCAAGAAUACUUCAGAUUCAACCAAAUUGACAGCGUACAAAGAUGCUUUGUAUAAACAUUAUUCAAAGGAAAGCUCUAUUGACACUGUUAUUACUGAACUAAAAGAAAUCGUUAGUUCCGUAACAUCUUCGAGCUCUAGUUCAAGUUCCAGUACCGUUACCAAGAGCGUCAGUGUUGUAAAGACGUCAAGCGGUGAAGAUAUAUUCGAUAUCUUCAGCAAAUAUAACAAAGAUCAAUUAUGCGCUUUCUACAAAAAGAAGAAUUUAUCUAGUAUUGAGAAUUUGUAUUUGGAUUAUAUCAAGAAUACUUCAGAUUCAACCAAAUUGACAGCGUACAAAGAUGCUUUGUAUAAACAUUAUUCAAAGGAAAGCUCUAUUGACACUGUUAUUACUGAACUAAAAGAAAUCGUUAGUUCCGUAACAUCUUCGAGCUCUAGUUCAAGUUCCAGUACCGUUACCAAGAGCGUCAGUGUUGUAAAGACGUCAAGCGGUGAAGAUAUAUUCGAUAUCUUCAGCAAAUAUAACAAAGAUCAAUUAUGCGCUUUCUACAAAAAGAAGAAUUUAUCUAGUAUUGAGAAUUUGUAUUUGGAUUAUAUCAAGAAUACUUCAGAUUCAACCAAAUUGACAGCGUACAAAGAUGCUUUGUAUAAACAUUAUUCAAAGGAAAGCUCUAUUGACACUGUUAUUACUGAACUAAAAGAAAUCGUUAGUUCCGUAACAUCUUCGUGCUCUAGUUCACGUUCUAGUACCGUUACCAAGAGCGUCAGUGUAGUAAAGACGUCAAGCGGUGUAGAUAUAUUCGAUAUCUUCAGCAAAUAUAACAAAGAUCAAUUAUGCGCUUUCUACAAAAAGAAGAAUUUAUCUAGUAUUGAGAAUUUGUAUUUGGAUUAUAUCAAGAAUACUUCAGAUUCAACCAAAUUGACAGCGUACAAAGAUGCUUUGUAUAAACAUUAUUCAAAGGAAAGCUCUAUUGACACUGUUAUUACUGAACUAAAAGAAAUCGUUAGUUCCGUAACAUCUUCGUGCUCUAGUUCACGUUCUAGUACCGUUACCAAGAGCGUCAGUGUAGUAAAGACGUCAAGCGGUGUAGAUAUAUUCGAUAUCUUCAGCAAAUAUAACAAAGAUCAAUUAUGCGCUUUCUACAAAAAGAAGAAUUUAUCUAGUAUUGAGAAUUUGUAUUUGGAUUAUAUCAAGAAUACUUCAGAUUCAACCAAAUUGACAGCGUACAAAGAUGCUUUGUAUAAACAUUAUUCAAAGGAAAGCUCUAUUGACACUGUUAUUACUGAACUAAAAGAAGUCGUUAGUUCCGUAACAUCUUCAAGCUCCAAUUCAGUAAUAUCAUCGUGUGCCUGCAGAUAAUGUGUGUGUAGAAAUAAAAUUAUUUAAUAUUUGAGUCUUUGACUUGUAACAUUUAAUAUGAUUUAUUUUUUAUUAUGAAUUACAUAUUUAAUAAACCUUUUUCUUUUAAAAAAUAUCCAGAUUUUUAAAAAUUA